CCAACAAGGUUUUGCAUACCAAACAGAGUAUUAGAAGUAUACACAUAAACAAAUUUCAGGUACAUGGACAUGUAAACAUCAACCAAACCCAGUUUUUAUUUAGCCGUGCCAUCAACAAAUGUACUAAACAUAGCUUUUUAUUAGUCGGUAGCAGAGAGAGAGAGAGAGAGAGAGAGAGAGCAGGGGAGAGAGUCAGAGGGAGCAGGGGGGCGGAGGAUUUGGAGAUGGAUCCCUGCCCGUUCGUUCGGCUGAUCGUGGAAUCUCUUGCGUUAAAGUUGCCGACGAUGGCGAAGCCGGUUGGGCCCGGCGUCCACCCCUCCGCCACCCCAUGCUUCUGCACCGUCCAACUCCAAGACCGCCCUUCCUCCUACUGCUCGGUCCCUCUCCCUCUCGCCGUCGAUCCCACCUCGAGCACCAACUUAAUAGAUGCACCAACCUCCUCCUCAUCCUCCUCUCCGGUCAUCAUUAGUGUCGAACCAGCCGCGUGGCAGCGGUCAUCGGGCAAGCGGGCAAGCUUGGAAGUGUCCGUGUACGUGGGCCGGACUGGGAGCACGUGCGGGUUUAGCUCCGGCCGGUUGCUCGGCCGAGUCAGGGUGGCGGUGGACCUCGAGACGGCGGCCACGCGGGCCGCGGUCGUGCAGAGCGGGUGGGUCAGCAUGGGAAGCCAGACGUCGGCGGCGCGGCUCCACCUGGUGGUGCGGACGGAGCCAGAUCCGAGGUUCGUGUUCCAGUUCGGAGGCGAGCCGGAGUGCAGCCCGGUGGUGUACCAGAUCCAAGGAAAGUGUGCCAGCGGCCAGAGUGGGUGCGUUCGCCAGCCGGUGUUCAGUUGCCGCUUCACCGCCGACCGCCGGCGGACCACCAUAUCCCGCUCACUGCCAACCAAAAGAAGCUUCAAAAGAUGCUUAUCCUUCGGCGGAGAAAGAGACCACGAGAUCAGGUGGGAGCAACGCAAGGGCUGGACUGUGACGAUUCACGACCUCUCUGGAUCCCCAGUGGCUGCCGCGUCGAUCGUUACCCCCUUCGUCCCCUCCCCCGGCUCGGACCGCGUCUCUCGGUCGAACCCCGGCGCAUGGCUCAUCCUCCAUGCCAUCGGCCCCUCCACGACCAACUGGAAGCCGUGGGGACGGCUGGAGGCCUGGCGCGAGAGAGGCCCGGCCGACGCCCUGGGCCUCAGGUUCGAGCUGGUGACGGACGCCGGACCCAACAACGGACUCCCCAUUGCCGAGUCGUCCCUCAGCGUCCGCAAAGGCGGCGAGUUCUGCAUCGACCCAAGCGUCGUCGCGGGGGCCGUCAUGCCGGGCUCGUGGCCCUUCGUCGGAGGUUUCGUCAUGGCGGCAGCGGUGGAAGGCCAAGGGAAGGCCAGUAAGCCAACAGUUCAAGUUGGGUUGCAACACGUAUCGUGCAUGGCCGACGUCGCGCUUUUCAUAGCGUUGUCAGCGGCCAUCGAUCUUAGCAUGGAUGCGUGUCAGUCGUUCUCGCAGAAGCUAAGGAGCGAGCUCUGCCCAGACCAGCAAGAGUAUAAUAGCCUUUGAGGCUUCCAUGAAUAAGGAAGCUUUUCCUUCUUGCCAAGUGAUGAUCGAACGCAUGUUUGUGUUCUCUGUACAUUUGUUUGCUGUGUUGAUUGCUUUACGAUUGUCACUGUACAAGGACAAGGAAGACAUCGAUCUUUUGAGCACCUCCGUUUUGUCCAUCCAAAGGAGCGUAAUAAUAAGAGUGUUUCAACUAAAAAACACA